AAACCACAGGACACUUUUACAAUAUAUCUUGUAAAAACCACAUGGAAUGGUGCCUCACAACUCUGCCAAACCAUCAAUGCUGAAAUGUCAUCGCCAAAUCGCAUAGCUAAUUCAUCGAGAGGUACACAACAACCAGGAUCAUACUGGUUAGCGCAAAUUAGAAAAGUUCAGUACUAUUUAUCCAAAGACUUUGUACCCGGAACUGAGAACUACUGCCUUGCUGCACGAGUAAAACCGAAUGGACAUCUUGACAUUUUACUUAGGUCAUGUGACCAACUGUUACCUGCAUUAUACUAUCUUAAUAUUUCGCCUCAGCUACCAGGUACUACACAAAACGGAACAAAUAGAUUUGCCACUCCAACUGGAGGUAAAGAUGGACCAUCACGUCAACCUGUAUCGGAUGGGGUAUUAGCUGUUGUUGUGUCAGUACCUUGUUUAGUUGUUGUUGUCGCUGCAGUCACUGGUGGGUUCACUUACAGAUGGUUUCAUAAGAAAGCACAGAAUAUGAACGGACUAAAUAAUUUGCCAAGGGAAAUAUCCUAUUAUGAGUCGUCGGGUGAUUUUCCAACUACAACUACUACAACCGAACAUGAAGUUUCUAGUGGCUAUGAAAUGACAGAUAUUGCGUACUCUGAACCAAUCGAUUGUAUAGAUAACGAGGAUCGAUAUAAUCAUAUAGAUCAUACACGACACCACGAAAUAAAAGAAUCUUUAACGUCGAGUAAAUAUCAUGUCAUGGUUUCCAAUGAAGACAAGAUGAUCGUGGACGGUUAUCAUUCCAUAAAUCAUUUUUCUAAAGAUCGUGCACUAAAUAAAGACUAUGACAGAAUGUCUACACUUAUAGUGGAGCAACCUGGCGGCUGUUUGGAAGAACAAACCUCAUCCAAUGUCUAUAAUACAGUACCUUCUGAUGAAUACAACGAGGACACUUAUUAUGAUAUCGAUUAUAUUGAUAGCAAUGAAUCUGAUCAAUAAUCAAUAACUUUAUCGUCAUUAUCGACUUUCCGGACUAUAUCAACAAAUAGUCGAUAUUUUGUAUGAAUAUUUACAUAUCGUCUUGUACUAUUUAAAUCAAAUCAUAUAUGAAUGAAUAGAUUCAGAUUCAGAUCGAUGUAUGUUGGACAUUAUUUUUAGAUUAACACAGUAAA